AUGAGUAACGGGUUGGCUCAUUCCGAGGCGUGAGUGCUCGCCUGCCUGCGACGUCCCUGUCGCCACCUGCUCGCCUCGCUGCUCCCGCUGUCGGGUCCGCGCACGACCCACUGCCGCUGGCCCGCGUCGACGGCCACUCCCACGCCCGCGCACCUCGCUGCCGGCCCCGCCUCCAUCAUCGGCUCACGACCCACCCACGAACGCGCUCACGGCCUGUUCAUUCCUGCAUGACCUGACACACACACACACACUUUCUCGCGCCCUACACCCCCACAGCCCCGUGCGAAAGGCGCACACGAUCCAAUUCGGUAUCCUAAGCCCUGAAGAGAUCAAGGCCUACUCGGUAUGCAAGGUCGAGUAUCCCGAGACCUACGAGGAGGGCAACCAGCGUCCCGUAAGCCCUUUCCUCUUUCCUUGUCGUGCUCUGCCACUUCAUCGAAUUGGGCUUAGCACAUUUCUUCUCGUUCUUUUCUUGUCUUUGUUGGGGUCUUCUUCCAUGCUUGCGAUGCCUUUGUGGCCUCGUCGAUCAGAAACCGGGAGGAUUGUCCGAUCCGCGCAUGGGCACGAUCGACCGCAACUUCAAGUGCGCGACAUGUGGCGAAGGCAUGGCCGACUGUCCCGGCCAUUUCGGUCAUAUCGAGUUGAGCAAGGCCGUGUUCCAUGUCGGUACGUGCUUGCCUCCACUCUGCUGUGGUUGAUGCUUUCGUCAUUGGCGCGUGAACGUCGCCCCUAACUCCGGACUCCGCUUUUCCACCGACCAGGCUUCAUCAACAAGUGCAAAAAGAUCACCGAAUCCAUCUGCGUCCUGUGCGGUAAACUCAAGUCGUCGCCGCACCUCGACCCCCGCCUGGCCGAAGUUGUGCGCUUCGUGCGCGACCCCAAGAAGCGGCUCGCGAUCGUGCACUCGCUCGUCAAGACCAAAAACGUGUGCGAGAUGGACGCCGCGAUCGAUCCGAGUGAACCGGUACCGGAAGGGGAGGAACCUGUCAGGGGACAUGGAGGGUGCGGGCACCAGCAGCCGCAGAUUAGGAGGGAGGGGUUGAAGUUGAUUAUGGUCUACUCAAAAGGAAAAGAUGAGGUGUGUCUCAUCAGGAAAACGGACGUUGGGGUUCAUUCUCUUCAUCAUGCUGACUGUCUUGCCCCAUUUUUCAGGACGGCAAUCUGAUGCAACCGGACCGUAAACCUCUGACACCCACCAUGGCUAACGCCUUGUUCCGAAAGAUCCCCGCCGAGGAUCUCAAGGUCAUGGGUCUGAACCCGCUCGAGGCGCACCCGGCAUGGAUGAUCCUCACCGUCCUGCCCGUCCCCCCACCACCGGUCCGACCUUCGAUCGCCGUCGAUGGAGGUGCGAUGCGAGGCGAGGACGAUUUGACCUACAAGCUGGCCGAAAUCAUCCGCGCGAACCAGGUCUUGCGCAAGUUCGAGGAAGAGGGAGCGCCGAAUCACGUCAUUGCCGAGUUCGAGACCUUGCUGCAAUGGCACGUCGCGACCUACAUGGAUAACGACAUUGCGGGGCAGCCGCAGGCGAUGCAAAAAUCCGGUCGACCGGUCAAGUCGAUCCGAGCGCGACUGAAGGGCAAAGAAGGUCGACUGCGAGGAAACCUCAUGGGUAAACGUGUCGAUUUCUCGGCACGAACGGUCAUUACGGGUGAUCCCAAUUUGGCGCUCGACGAGGUCGGCGUCCCCUUUUCGAUCGCACGGAAUUUGACCUACCCCGAACGAGUGACGCCGUACAACAUCUCGUACUUGCAAGAGCUCGUGCGUAAUGGGCCGAACGAGUACCCCGGAGCGCGGUACAUCGUGCGUGAUACGGGUGAUCGCAUCGAUUUGCGGUACAACAAGCGCGCCGAUACGGCGUUGCAGUUUGGGUGGAUCGUCGAACGUCAUCUCAAGGACGGCGAUUUGGUUCUGUUCAAUCGACAACCGAGUUUGCACAAAAUGUCCAUGAUGGCCCAUCGGGUCAAGUUGAUGCCGUUCUCGACGUUCCGACUCAACCUUUCUGUCACGGUGAGUACAUGCAAGUGGCCUUACUGAUGCGACUCGAGCUAGUUGCUGACCAAUAGUCCCUGCUGUUUCCCCUUCACAGUCACCUUACAACGCCGAGUACGCUCUCCCGGGCGAGGAGAGUGUCUGAUGAGGCUGCGUCAAGGCUGACAAUGUGUUCUGUUCUGACUGCGCAGUUUCGACGGUGACGAAAUGAACUUGCACGUCCCGCAAUCGGAAGAGACGCGAGCCGAGUUGAUGCAGAUCUGCGCCGUCCCUCGCAACAUCAUCUCACCGCAAGCCAACAAGCCCGUCAUGGGUAUCGUGCAAGACACGCUAUGCGGUGUGCGCAAGUUCACCCUUCGUGAUUGCUUCAUGGAUCGCGACUUUAUCCAAAAUAUCCUGCUGUGGGUUCCGGAAUGGGAUGGCAUCAUCCCUCCGCCCGCAAUCCUCAAGCCCAAGCAGCUGUGGACGGGCAAGCAGAUUUUGUCGAUGUGCAUCCCCAAAGGGAUUAACUUGUACCGCGCGCCCGAUCCGGCCAGUCCGAACCCCGUCGAGGACAACGGCAUGUGGAUCGAAGACGGCGAGAUCAUCUACGGCAUCGUCGACAAAAAGACCGUCGGCGCUUCCCAAGGUGGUAUCAUCCACAUCAUCUUCCGUGAAAAGGGUCACGAGGUGUGCCGCGAUUUCUUCUCGGGUGUGCAAAAAGUUGUCAACUAUUGGUUGUUGCACAAUGGGUUUUCGAUCGGGAUUGGCGAUACCGUUCCUGACAAGGGGACCAUGGAGGCCAUCACGGGUUUCAUCGAAGCGGCCAAGAACCAGGUCGCGGAGAUCAUCCAGAUGGCGCAAGAGGACAAGCUCGAACCCGAGCCCGGUAUGUCGAUCCGAGAGUCUUUCGAGAGCAAGGUCAACAAGGCGCUCAAUUCGGCGCGUGAUUCCUCCGGUCGCUCGGCCGAAAAGUCGCUCAAGGGGGACAACAACGUCAAGCAGAUGGUCGUCGCCGGUUCGAAAGGAUCAUUCAUCAACAUCUCGCAAAUGUCGGCUUGUGUAGGGCAACAGAUCGUCGAGGGCAAACGUGUGCCGUUUGGGUUCAAGCAUCGUACCUUGCCCCACUUUACCAAGGACGAUUACUCGCCCGAAGCGAGGGGUUUCGUCGAAAACUCGUACUUGCGAGGUUUGACACCGCAAGAGUUCUUCUUCCACGCCAUGGCCGGACGAGAAGGAUUGAUCGAUACGGCCGUCAAGACGGCUGAGACGGGGUACAUUCAACGUCGUCUCGUCAAGGCGCUCGAAGAUGUCAUGGUUGCAUACGAUGGCACCGUACGCAACUCGCUCGGCGACGUCGUACAGUUCGUAUACGGCGAAGACGGCAUGGACGGUGCUUUCAUCGAGGAGCAGGUCAUUGACCCGAUUCGGUUGUCGGACGAGCGCUUUGAGAAGCGAUACCGCCUCGAUGUCAUGGAUCGCAAGUGGACUUUCCGCAGCGGUGCGCUGCAGGUCGGCUUGAUCGAUCAGGACGACUACGAGCAGGUGCAGGCAUUGCUCGAUGACGAGUACGAGCAGUUGAAGGAGGACCGGAAGAUGUUGCGCGAGUUCAUCUUCCCCAACGGUGACGCGACCGUCUUUCUGCCCGUCAAUGUGCGUCGCACGAUCCAGAACGCGCAGCAGAUCUUCCACAUCGACUUCCGGAAACCGAGCGACCUGCACCCCGAGGUCAUCCUGCGCGACGUCGCGGCAUUGCUCGAGCGGUUGGUCGUUGUGCGCGGUUCGGGUCGAUUGGUCGAGGAGGCGCAGGCGAACGCGACCUUAUUGUUCAACAUCUUCUUGCGGUCCAACUUUGCCGUUCGACGCGUUAUCGAGGAGCACCAUCUGAAUCAAGAGGCGUUCCAGUGGGUGCUGGGAGAGGUCGAGUCCAAGUUCAAGGCCUCGCUCGCGGCGCCGGGUGAGAUGUGUGGUACGCUCGCGGCGCAAUCGAUCGGAGAACCGGCGACGCAGAUGACGCUCAAUACGUUCCAUUACGCCGGUGUGUCGUCCAAGAACGUGACGCUCGGUGUGCCGCGUCUCAAGGAAAUCAUCAACGUCGCCGUAAACCUCAAGACGCCGUCGAUGACGGUGUACCUCCAACCCGAGAUCGCUCGCGAGAUUGAUCUUGCCAAGGAGGUGCAGACGAUGUUGUCGUACACGACGCUCAAGACGAUCACGGCCUCGACCGAGAUCAUCUACGACCCCGAGGUCAACACGACCGUCAUCACCGACGAUAUCGAAUUCGUCGAGGCCUUCUUCGCGAUCCCCGACGAGGACGUCGAAGCAAACUUGCAUCGUCAGUCGCCUUGGUUGUUGAGGUUCGAGCUUGACCGCGCCAAGAUGCUCGACAAGAAGCUCGAGAUGUCGUUCGUGGCGGGCAAGAUCGCCGAGGUGUUUGAACAGGACUUGUUCGUUAUCUGGUCCGAAGACAACGCCGAGAAGCUCGUCAUUCGUUGCCGAGCUUUGAACGAGGAAGGCAGAGACAAGGAGGAUGGUGCUGAAGAGGCUGAGGACGCCGAGGAAGACAUCUUCCUGAAGCAGCUCGAGGCGUCGAUGCUGUCGACGAUCUCGUUGCGAGGUGUCGAGGGCAUCGAGCGUGUGUUCAUGCUGCAGCACAAGCGCAACGUCAUCACCGAAUCGGGCGAGUUCGACAACCCGACCGAGUGGGUGCUCGAAACCGACGGCAUUAACUUGCGCAAGGUCUUGUGCGUCGAUGGUGUCGACCCCACACGGACAGUGUCCAACUCGUGCGUCGAAGUCUUGCAAGUGCUCGGUAUCGAAGCCGCUCGUGCCUCGGUCCUGCGCGAGUUGCGCAACGUCAUCGAGUUCGACGGUUCUCGUGUCAACUACCGUCAUUUGAGCAUGUUGACCGAUAUCAUGACGAACCGAGGCUCGCUCAUGGCCAUCACGCGUCACGGUAUCAAUCGAUCCGACACGGGUGCGCUCAUGCGGUGCUCGUUCGAAGAGACGGUCGAGAUCUUGUUCGAAGCCGCGGCGACGGGUGAGAUCGAUUACUGCACCGGUGUGGCGGAGAACAUCUUGCUUGGCCAAGUCGCGCCGAUGGGGACGGGUGCGUUCGAGCUCUCGCUUGAUAUGGAGAUGCUCAAGGAGGUCGUCAUCGAUCAUCGAUUGCCCAUGGCCGGCAUGAACGCCUACGGCAACGAUGGCGGCUUGACGCCGGGUGGAGGAGGAAUGACGCCGUAUGCCGAUGCGAACGACAGUCGAACGCCGAUGCAUGUCCCCAUGGAUGGUUUGGCCAACUUCUCGCCCCUGUACGACUCGUCGGCGGGCUACGACCAAGGCGGAGGAUUGACGCCGAUCUACGGUGGCGCAUCUCCUGCUUACGGAGGCGCUUCGCCCUUCGGUGGUGGGGCUUCGCCUGGGUACUCGCCUUCUUCGCCGUUCCCUGGCUACUCGCCUGUCUCGCCUGGCUACAACCCUCGCUCUCCAGGUGGUGCGCUCGGAGGUCGGUCGCCUGCUGGGUACGCGCCCCAAUCGCCUUGGGUUGAUCGACUCGCGGGAGGUGGGGCAACGUCGCCGUCGUACUCGCCCACAUCGCCGAUGAUCAACAUGUCACCGGCGUCUCCGCGCUUCUCCCCCGCUUCUCCGGCCUGGAGUCCUUCGUCGCCCUCGUUCUCGCCUGCGAGUCCAUCCUUCUCCCCGGCUUCGCCUUCGUUCAGCCCCUCGUCGCCGUCGUUUAGCCCUGCCUCGCCGAGGUAUUCGCCGACGAGUCCUUCGUUCUCUCCUUCGAGUCCCAAGUACUCACCUGUAAGCGACAGUGAUCAUUCCCGACCCCUUUAAAGAUAUCAUUGCUGACACUAGGUAUCCUGAUCCUUCGCUCGCAGACCUCGCCGCAGUACUCUCCCGUGCGCUUUCUUCGCUCCCGAGGUGACCUGUUUGCGACUGCUACGGUCGCUGACGCGUUGCGCAUCUUUUCUCACAGACCUCUCCUCGUUACUCCCCCACGAGCCCGACCUAUUCCCCCGCUUCGCCAGCUUACAGUCCCGUGAGUGUGAAUGACGAGGUGGUCGCUCUGUCGUUUCCAAAGCUGACUGAGCAAAUUCUGCUACACUCAGACGAGCCCCAAGUAUUCGCCCACAUCGCCGCAGUACUCGCCGACGUCACCGCAAUACAGUCAGUCAUUGCCUGCGUACAAUUGACCCGUCUCAUGUCCUCCGACGCGGAGCCGCUGACCUCGUGUGUGCUCUCCGCUUCAGGCCCUACCUCCCCAUCUUACAGCCCCACCUCCCCGGCUGCUGCGCGCCCCGGCAACGCAGCCGCCGGAUCGAGCUCGUCCAACGCCAACGCGAGCACCUCGGCGUCGCGUUAUUCAAGCAAGUCGAGUUGGCAACGAUGAUUGCCGGGAUCCUGUUCCGCCUGCUGCGGUCUCCUUUCGUGCUCUCCUCUCUCCUAUUCCCCCCAUCGCCUCGCGCGCCUUGUCGGCUGCGGAAAAAAAACUGGCCGCCCCGCCACCCUCGUCUUCCUCGGAAUAUCCUGUGCUUGUUUUGCAAUGCCCUUUGCGCAUGUAAUGUCAUAAAAAAUACUGAACGACCAGCUGAUGUCGGUACAAAGAGUGCUGGGCUCGGACAAGCGCCAGCAUGACUUCCGACGAGUGCUUUUAGCUUCGAUCGACGAUGCCUCUCAAGUCCACGGAUUUAAGCGAUUAGAACUAAGCUCCAACUUUAAACGAGGCCCGCGCGUCUCUCGAGUCGACCCCUUUAUGAUGCCCGAAGGAAAUGCAAACCCCGGUUUUAUCUGAUCCCUUUCGCGCUCCUCCGUUUCCCCUUGAACGACCGACCACGACCAAGCUUGCCAGAGUUCGGCCCUCCAAAUUCAUUGGGGGGCACGCCCUCGCCUAGGAUGAGUGCUGAUUCGAGUGCGAUGGAUCCUCGACCUUUACCACCGGGAUGGAUGACGCAGUGGAACGAAAGAUGUGGGUGUUAACUUUCCUGCGAGGCUGCGACCAGCGGAUUACGCUUAAACCCGUCGAAUACAGAGCUGACGACCUUGUUGUGAUUCGCUUUCGGGGGCAACACCUCGUUCACUCGAAUAAUUAGAUCGAACAUGGUUCUACAUCAACACCAAUGUCGAUCCACCUGUUUCGGUGUGGGAACAUCCCUCGGAUACGACAGAGGCCGGACCGGUGCGGGUGCCCGUGAGCAGGAGCUCGGAAAUUGACCUCGCGACGAGAGGGUCCGUGAGCGGCAGCGCGCACGCCAACGACGUCUUCGACGACGAUCAAGCCGGAGUGGCGGUACGUCGACGGGAGAAUUACGACGUCGUUUCGGACGACUUGGGAUUUUUUUCCGGGAACCUCGACGACGUCGCGGGCGACCACCUCCCGCUCCUUCGAGUCGAGUUCGAACACCAUCCUUCAACACUGGCUACACAUCCACCGUUCAUGAUGAUGCCUUUUGAACCAGGUCAGUCAUUCAUAAGCUCUUCCGGAUCUCCGAUUGGUGCUCCUUUGGGCCCGAUGUCGCUCGCGCUCUCCUGCAACUCCGGGCCGUACCUUCCGGAAUCACGCACGGGCUCGAGCGCGGAGCGCACAAUGUCUCCUCCUGUCUUCUUCGAUCAGGGGUACGCCGAGCUUUUGGCAAUCGAUGCCGCCAUUGGUUUCUCUUCGGAUAAAGGUGGAGUUGUUUUUGCUCGCCGGCUCGCGGACUAGUCCGACAAAACUCGGUUAAACGCGCAAACUCCGAAACUCACCGAGACAACCACGGAUCUUUUCUUUCCAGGUGCGACGGGGGCGCGUUACUGUUACGUCCUCGAUCAUCCGGACUUGUAUGAGCUCUCACCUUAUCAACUCGUUCGAAUACAACAAGCCGCCGCCUUAUACCAAGAGCAGCAGCAGCAACCAUCACUGCAGCAGCAAGAACAACGCGGCUUUCUCCCCACAUCAAUAUCGGGCUCGAGUCCAGCGACGACGACAGCGAUUCUUAGGCCCGUAGCGCCGCCGGCGCCGUACGGGCACUUGAGUCAUCCGUCAAUUUGGCCGCUAGCUUUUCCCCAACAACACCAUCCACUUGACGGGGGAGGAUCGAUACUUUCGAGGCAUCCUUUGGACGGGAUGGAUACGGUGCAAAGUUUCAAUGAUGUACAUUUACGGCAUGACCAUGACUCUUGGACUGGACAACUUGUUGCGAGACCGUCCGGCAAUUUCAACGGCGGGGGGAAUUAG